AUGGCGUUCAAUAUCAAGAAUGCCCUCAGAUUUUCACUCUUAUGUCUUUCUACUUGGACAACGGCUACCAGCACACGCAAAACUGUUCAUUUGAGUCUCUCUGGACACAUUGAUCAAUCUCAGGUAUACUCAUUUGUAUACGUCCCAUUCGAAGUGGAAGAGGGCGUCACCUCCAUCAGCGUCGUGCAAGACUACGCCUUGAAGGGAAAUGGCAGUUCCCUCGAUCUGGGUCUAUUCGACCAACGAGGCAACGAGGUCCCCGAUUCAUUUGGUCAAUUCGGUACUAGAGGAUGGUCGGGUGGAAAAAGAAACAACUUCACUAUCACGCCCGCAUGGGCAACGCCGGGCUACAACCCGGGUCCCAUAAGCCCAGGAACCUGGAGCGUAGCCCUAGGUCCAUACGAGUCCACGGCGAAAGGCAUAGACUGGACACUACAAAUCUCACUAGGCUUCGAUGCGAUCAACGCGACAUUCACGCCGACAUACGCCCCAACAAACUUGGACCCGAUUUCCAACGGUUACACCGAGGAAGAGGAAUUCACCUGGCAGCGCGGUGACUUCCACAUGCACACCAUCUACUCAGACGGGAAAUACACACCAGAGCAGCAAUUAGCCAUCGGCCAAUCGCAGAAUCUAUCCUUCGUCUUCCUCAGCGAUCACAACACAGAUACAAGCAAUCAAAUCGCCGGAUCGGUCCAAGCUGUACAUGCACCCGAUCUACUAGUCGGCCGAGCGAUCGAAGUUACAACCCGGUACGGACAUUGGCAUGCCGUCGGUAUAGAACGGGAACAAUUAAUCGACUGGCGAUACAAACCAGGUGAUAAGCCCGGUUUUGCAGAAGCAGCGGAGCACGUCCGUCGAGCUGGUGGAUUCAUAUCUAUAAACCACCCGUUCGCGGAUUGUCCAGCUUGCAAUUGGAGUCUAGGGUGGGAAAGUAAUGAUGCUGUGGAGGUUUGGAAUGGGCCUUGGGGUCCGACGGAUGAGCAGGCUGUGCAGUUGUGGCAGAGGAUGCUUAUUGAUGGAAAAAGGGUUACUGCUGUUGGUGGGAGUGAUUCUCAUUCGCCGCCUUCUGUUAAUGGGUUGCCUACUUCUGUUGUCAAGGGAAGGGGACGGAGUCAGGCGGCUAUUAUUGAGGGUGUUAAGGCUGGGAGGGUAUAUUUGGUUCAGGGGCCUGGUAUGGACGUUGCUUUUGAGGUUGUUUCCGCGUCUUUAGUGGCUCCGGCGCAGAUUGGGGAUAGGGUGAGCGUUGAGAGAAAGGAUGUUCGCUUUGCUGCUGAGGGGUUGGCUGGGCAGCGUUUGUGUCUUAUCUCUAAUCAAGGAUACUUUUACAAUGCGUCAAUCGCGGGCCACAAGGAAAUUGUGCAUGCGGUGCAUUUGGGGGCGAAGUUUGUCAGGGCGGAGGUGAGGAACUCGACUAGUGAUGAGAUGUUGGCUCUAACCAACCCUGUGUGGUUCUCAUGA